GGUUGGUAUAAAAGGAGGGGAGGCACAGCCGAACGUCACUGGUUGCUAUCACGAAGGGCGGUUACACAAACAAGUUGAAGGGGCAGCCUAGUGAACACUUGAAAGCUAAAGGGUGAGCUAUGGCGAACCCUGGGGGUAGUGGGGAGGCACUCCCUAACCCGCACGCAAUCCCCAGUGACUGGGACAGAGUCAGGAACUCUGUUGAACGUUGCUAUGAUGAGGGGGUUUGCCCGCAGGAAGGAAAUUUGGGUACUGUGGUGGAGGAUGAGGAAGGAAGGCGUUUCGUGGUGAAUGAGGAAGUGAACAAAGUAAAGGAUCAAUGGCUGAGGAAGAGAUCAGUAAUGGUAGUCUUCCAGGGGGGGGCAAGGAAUCUGUCGAGGGCAGUAAAGGAAGACUUGAUUAGAGCCUACGAGGAUGGCUGGACGGCCAGGAAACUGUUUCAACCAGAAGCAAGGCGGGGAAGGGUCAAGUUUGAAGGGCAGAACGUCGCAUCAUAUGUGGCUAAAUCCAAGGACAUAGCCACGUGGUUGAUCAAGCAGAAGGAGAUGAAAAUUAAGCUUGACGACAAUAAAGAUUACAUCGUGACGUUCAAACCGCGACUGUCGAAGAAGGAAAUGCAAGACCACCGCAUCCUGGAGGCGGAAUCAAAGUUUUGGAUAAUGGCUCUGAGAGUGCCACUUGACGCUUACUACUUCUUGGGAAGUGCGGUUGUGGGUCUGUUUGGGGAAAUCACGGAAAUGCACCCGCUCGAAUACGAUAGAGAUAGACCGAAACUGAUGAAUGUGAAGAUCGACAUGCCGGCCAGCUCCAGAUCAAAAAUUGAUGACGUACUUGUAAUUCAGUCACCAGAGGGGGAACGCUGGAAGGUGGACAUAGUGACCCCAUACACAGACUGGUGCCACCGCUGCAGGUGGUACUUCCACACGGAAGACAGAUGCCCCAGAAACAUACAGACAGAGGAGGGUCGCAAUAGCAAUGGAGAAAGACAGUGGGGGCACAAGGAGAGGUACAGACAGCAUUUGGAAAGUCAAGGCGGAGGGAUGCAAGGAGUGACGAGGGAAAACGCAGGCAAUCACGCGUCACAACAACCCUCAAGAGAGGGACAGGGACGAAUGGGGGAGGCGUCCAGACAGGAGGGAACCGGCAGGAGGACCAACUUGGGUAGAACAAGUGGCUCCAGGGGCCCUGCCCUCCGGGGCCCCAGCCAAGUGUUGGGGGGUGAGGCAAGGGAAGCUACUGGGGAUGGGAGGGACACACACUGGUCAGAACGGGUGUACAAGGGUUCAAGAAACCAGCAGGAAGAGGAGCUGAGGCACACCCAGUUUCAAGUGGAGGAGACGUACUCAAGGCCACAGAGAUGGGGGGAAGCACAAAAGAUGGAACAGGGAAGAACUUUCACACAUCCGUGGUCCAUGAGAGAAGAGUGGACACAGAGUAACGUGCAGGGGCUUGUCAACGAGGCUGGCCCCAGUGGAACGCCUUAGGGUGUACUGGGUAAUGCUCGGAUGCAUGCGCAUUGGCAAGA